AUGGACGUCGCAUCGCUCUUCAACGUCAAGGUAAAACCUCACUCACCCACCCCCGUCAUCACCGGCGUCGGCUACAUGAUCUCGGAGGGCUACGUCGCCAACGGCGCGACGGGCCCCGGCCGGGCCCACGCUAUCCCCGCCGACCUCCAGAAGCUCGACGACUGCCGGCGGCUCGUCGACGAGCUCGCCUCCCGCACGGCCGGCCGCCUGCACGUCCUCGUCAACAACUCGGGCGCCACCUGGGGCGAGGCCUUCGACACCUACCCGGACGCCGCCUGGACCAAGCUCCUCACCCUCAACCUCCAACGCGUCUUCACCCUGACCCAGCUCGCGGCGCCGCUGCUGGAGGCUGCGGCGGCGGCGGCGUCGUCGUCGUCGUCAUCGUCAGCCACCGAAGGAGGGCCCCACGCCGACCCGAGCCGCGUCAUCAACAUCGGCAGCGUCGACGGCCUGCGCGUGCCGCUCAUGAGCAGCUACGCCUACAGCGCCAGCAAGGCGGGGCUGCACCACCUGUCGCGGGCGCUGGCGCGCGAGCUGGGGCCCCGCGGCAUCACGAGCAACGCGCUCGCGUGCGGGCCCUUUGAGAGCAAGAUGAUGCGCGCCACGCUCGACUCGAUGCGCGACCUCAUCGAGAGCGAGAUCCCCCUGCGGCGCAUCGGCACGCCCCAGGACGUCGCCGGCGCCUGCCUGUUCCUCAGCGGGCGCGCCGGCGCCUUCGUCACGGGGGCCACCAUCACCGUCGACGGCGGCAUGGUCCUGGCGUCCAAGCUGUAG